ACAGUGUCUCAGAUAGUCGUUACGGUGAAUGUUUGCGUAAGAUCGUGGGAAAUUAGUGUUGUGUUCAUUAACGAUAAAAAGUCGUUAUUUUAUUAUGCACCUGCACCGCAGUGCAGAUGAUACGUUGAUUGCGGCAAUGCAUUUGUUACACAGUGAUCAUUAUACGACGGACGGACAUACUGUACUUAAAUCCAGUUAGUUACGUUGAAACCGCUUCGUGUUGUGAUGUCGUACUCCAGGUAGAAACACGAGCCCCAACAAGUUUGAGGAGUCAUCAAUGCGCAAAAUGACUCAUACUUUUUGGAUACUGGCACGUUGUAAAUGUUUUGUUUGGAAUACCAUUCGCAUGAAUAAACAAAGCAGGAUCCUAGGAAAGGGCCAAUCAGUGUAGCUUUAAAGUUGAGUGUUCUAAAUUUGACUUUUGGAGGGGAUUCAAAAGUUUGUGCAGUAAAAUGAGUUAAACUUGGAGAAAAUGGCUCAAAACUCCAUGGAUUCUGACAGACUGUCUUCUGCUGGCAUAUCUACACACAGCUCGGGGACUGCUGGCACUGUCGGGGGUUCCGUGGUCGGAGUCAGGGUUGGGGAACAGAACCACAAGAGAGAUGAUGAAGAUGACUACAACCUAGGCCCACUACCUCCAAUGUGGGAAAAGGCAUUUACUCCCACAGGGGAAACUUAUUUUAUUGACAACAACACUGGCACGUCCCACUGGCUGGAUCCGCGCCUGGCCCGGGUCCGCAAGCAUUCCCUCGGAGAGUGCGGUGAGGAUGAGCUGCCUUACGGCUGGGAGCGGGUCACGGACGAGAGAUACGGCUCCUACUAUGUGGAUCAUAUAAAUAGACGGACGCAGUAUGAGAACCCUGUGCUGCAGGCUAGGAGGCUGCGAGCAGAGAAGCUGUCUUCAGAGGGCGGGCUCGACGGGCCCACGCCCACCGGCGAGCUGCGCGGCGACCGCUUCACCAGGCAGCUCACGAAGGGGACACAGGGUCUCGGGUUCACGCUGAUCGGCGCGGAGGGCGUCCCCGAGACGGAGGGGUACCUGCAGAUACGCAGCAUCGUGCCGCACAGCCCCGCCUGGAUCGACGGCGGCCUCCGCCCCGGCGACGUGCUAGUGGCGGUGGGGGCGCGCGGCGUGCGCGGGCUGUCCCACGCCCAAGUGGCGCAGAUCUUCGCGAGCAUCGCAGCCGGCAGCACGGUCACCCUGCAUCUUGUUAGAGGCUACCCGCUGUCGUUCGACUCGGCGGACCCGCACACUCGCGUGCUCAGCACUCUGGCGGUGGACGCGAGCGACCCCGCGCCCUCCGCCCGGGCCAUGCAGCACCUCACCAGGGCUUUGAGGACCAGGUUCAACCUGGAGUCCCCGGAGCGCGGCGACACGAGCCCGAGCCGCGACGAAACAGACGCCUCCCCCGAUGCGCCGCACAGCCCGCGCCAGCGCAGACUCAUGUCCAGAUCGUUCGACCUGGACGAGUUGGGUACAAGCAGCGAGUCGAACCCCGUCCCACCGAGAUGCCCGUCCGCUGAUCACCUAUUGUCAUUAGCUCCCGAGCACACCUCCCGCCGCUCGCAACAGCUAGAAGGCGGGCGCGCGCUGGCCGUGAGUCUGCGGCGCGGCGCCGGCGGCUUCGGCUUCACCAUCGCCGACAGCACGCACGGACAGAAGGUCAAGAAGGUGCUAGACCGCAGUCGCUGCUGCGGGCUGCGCGAGGGCGACCUGCUGCUGCAGAUAGGAGACACCGACGUGAGCCACGCGCCGCACCAGCUGGUCGUGCAGGCUCUAAAAGAAUGUCCGGCGAUGCACGAAACAAUCCUUCGCGUGUGGCGCCCUGAUACCACGCGCGCGCCGCGAAGCCGCUCCGCCACGCGCGUGCAGCCCACUAGCAGUAUAAACGCGAGCACGUUAAGUCGCAGUAAGACGCCCACAGCGGAGCAGCUGCGCUCGCCGGCUCUCCACGCUCAUGAAGACAUACACGAUAGACUCAACGGCAUGAACUCGGAAGCGACCUACGCCGUGCCAGAACACAAGCGCGAGAGCAUAAUCGAGCGUCGCCGCCGCAGCAGCACCCCCGGCGCGCCGCUCACCGUGCCCGUGGCCGCCUGGCCCAACCCGCAGCCCGACACCAGCCAGUGGCAGCACCAGGAACAAGAAACCUGGCUCGACAACUCAUCCAACAUCCGCAACUGGGCGGAAAACAGUCAAAAGUGGGACGGAGAGAGUCAGAAGUGGGACGGCAGUAGUCAGAAGUGGGACGCUCGGAACGGCAACGGGUGGGAGAACGGUGGGCAGUGGCCCAGCAAUGGGAACUGGGGGGAAGUCCCCACGCCCACUGUGCAUGUGGAUAUGAAUGCUGCGUAUUGGAGGGGGAACGCUAGUGUAGCUGAUUCUAGUGAUAAUGGCGGUUUCCCUGAAGACGGCAUGCUGCACUCGCCCACCACGGCGGCCGUCAGCGGGCUGCAGCCGCCCAACAACAACCACUCUAAUGGGCGCCUCCGCAGCCACUCGCCGCCCACCACCAGCGCCAGCGAGCUGGGCGCCGCGCGUAUGCAGAGCCAGUCGCCUGACAACAACUCCUCCAGUGGACGGCUCAAGGGAUCUCCGCAUAGGCUCCGCGAGACAUCUCCCAUGCGGCGCAUGCACUCCCCGUACUACUCGCAGGACGGCAUGCAGCCCUACGGAGGGAACUACCCAACGGUGGAAGCAGCAGGCGCGGCUGACCCAGCAGCAGACGUGGUGGUUCGUCUAGCUCGCGGCGCCGCGGGCUUCGGCUUCCGCAUCGUGGGCGGCACCGAGGACGGCAGCCGCGUCGCCGUCGGAUACGUCGUGCCGGGUGGUCCAGCAGACGGUCUACUCCGACCCGGCGACUUGCUAACCUCAGUGGACGGCAUCCCUCUCUCCGGAGCCACGCACGCGCGCGCCGUCGCGCACGUGUGCCACGCCGCUAGCAAGGGACACGUGACCCUGGGCGUGAGACACAACCGCGCCGACAUCCAGCCGCUAGACCAGGGCAUGCCGCCGCACCAGCACCAGCCAUUACUCAAUACGGAGCCAACAAUGCAUCACAUGGCGCCAGCAUCAUACAACAUCUUACACCCCGCGCCCGUGUACCCGCCCGCGCAGGGACCCAUGUACGGAACGCAAUACGAGCCCAACGGCUGGUCGAUGCCGUUCGACGUGACCCUCACCCGCAGUGAAGGUGAAGGCUUCGGCUUCGUCGUCAUCUCCUCCACCAACAAGGCUACUAGCACUAUCGGCCAACUGAUCCCCAACUCGCCAGCCGCGCGCUGCGGCCUCCUACAAGUGGGCGACACCAUCAUCUCCAUCAACCAGCAGCGGGUGCGCUCCCUGCCGCACCCGGACGUGGUCGCGCUCAUCAAGCACUCCGGCCUGGCGCUCACGCUCACUGUGCACAGGGCGCAGUAGUGGCCGACACCGCUCACUGUGCACGAGGCUAAUUUGUAGGCAUCACUGUGCACAGAGC